AUGAAUAUUAAUCUAAUUAAAAAACAUGAUGAUGUUUCUCAAACGAAUUAUCGUUCCAAUAAUAAAUUAUUAACAGAUAAAAGGAAUGAUCUUCAUUUAAGAAGAAGAAAAGAAGAGUCGUCUAUUUCUACAUUUAUUAAAAAGAACAUAACAAAUGUAAAACAUACAAAAGAUAGACAUGUAUUUAAUAAUAAACCAACAAAGACAAAGUUUCCAGAAGAUAAGAUAAAUAAUUAUAUGCGUAAACCAAAUAUCAUUAAUGUAAAUAGGAAAAAAUGUUGUGAUGAUAUUAUGAACAAAGGAAAUUCUUCUUCUUCUUCUUCUUGCUCUUUUCAAGAUAGAAGAAAUAAUAUAAAGGAUAUUAAAAAGGAUAUAGGAAUUGAUCAAAGUAAUAAUAUAAAAAAUGAUAAAGUUACUUGUAUAAAACAUAAUAUUAAUUUAAAGGAACUCCUAAAUUUAAAUUUAUUUGAAGAAACAAAAUUAAUAAAUGAUGAUCAAAAAGAAAAUCUUUCUCAUAUGAUAAAAGAAGGUGAUAAAGUAAGAAAUGUGAAAGACCAAACGAAUAAAUGUAAUAAUAUUGAUAUUAAUAAAAAUAAUUAUCAUGCUGAAACGAUUUAUAUUGUUGAUGAACAAGAGAAGAAAGCAGGUUGUGUUCUUAAUAAUAACUCUGAUAUUGUAUUGUCAUAUUCAAAUAAAAAAAAGGAAGAAAAUUUUUUAAAAAAUAAUUAUAAAAAAAAUGAAUCUCUUAAUAUAAACCAUAAUAAAAGAGAUGACACAAAUGUGUGUCUUGUUAUCAAAGGGUUAACAUCUAAAAAAAAAAAUAAUUACAAUAAUAAUAAUAAUAAUAAUAAUAAUUACAAUAACAAUAAUAAUUACAAUAAUAAUAAUGAUAGUAAUAUAUAUAAAGAAAUAAAAAACAACUCUCAACAUAUACAUUCUAAUAUAAAAACAUCAACCUUUUGUAAAGAAGAAAACACAUAUAUAUCUUAUAUUAAUAAUAAAUCAAACAUUAUUUUUAACAAUAAUAUAAAUGGUAACAAAAAUAUUCUAAAUAAUGUAAACACAUAUAAAAAUAAACAGGGUGAUAAAAUUUCACAUAUUAAAAAAAAUGAAAUACAAAAAAACAAAAAAAUUAAUGAUACAUCUUUUCAAUGUAUAGAUAAUAAUAUUAACAAUAUUUCUAUAGAAGAAGGAAAUCAUAUUAUUAGAUCAAAUAAAAACAAUAUUAUAUUUGAUAAAGAAAUAAAUAACGGGAUACAUAAUAAAAAGGAUAAUUGUUAUUAUAAAGAUGAUACAUCUAUUUAUUACAAAAUGAUUGGGAAUCAAUAUAAUUGUGCAGAUAAUAUAUCUAUAAAUAUUAAUAAAAGCAAAGAAACAUUAAAUCAAACACAGGACAAAUUACUUAACACCUUGGAUCCUACUAUGAGCACAACAUAUAAAAAUAAUGACAUAAAUGUUUUAAAAAUAAAUCAUAAGGAGGUAAGGAAAGGAUUAACCUUUGAGCAGAUGAGAAGAAAAAGUUAUGAACCCAUCUUAUACAAUGAAGUAAAUAUAAAUCAACAUAUAAAUGAAAAUGUUAAUAAUAUUAAAGAUUACAAUAAUAAUAUAAACGACAAUAAUAAUAAUAUAAAUGACAUUAAUAAUAAUAUAAAUGAUAUUAAUAAUAAUAUAAAUGACACUAAUAAUAAUAUAAAUGACAUUAAUAAUAAUAUAAAUGACAUUUAUAAUAAUACAAGUGAACAUACUCAUAAUAAUAAUUACAAUGAUAAAAAAAAAACGAGCGCACAAACAUCAGGGAAUCUCAUAUAUGAAAUAAAAAAUAAAAUGAUAAAAAGAAGUACAGUAAAUCCUAAAUUAACACAAAAAAUUACUUCAAAAAAUUCGAAGGACUCUUUUUUAUUAUUUCCUAAAAAAAAUAUAACAACAAAUAAUUUUUUUCAUCAUAUAAAUAAUGAUAUAAAAUCAGCAAGUCGUAGCAACAUCUUGGUGAAAAAUAAACAAAUAGAAAAAAAAAAAAAUAACACAAAAUAUAACAUUACACAAAAUAAUCAUAAUAAUAAUAAAAAUAUUAAUCAUAUGGAUGAAAAAAAAAACAAAAAAUUAUCUCUUCUUAAAAUAAAUGAUAUCGCUAAGAAAAAUUAUAAGGAUACAUAUAAAGAGGAGGAAAAGAUAAUACAAUCGGAAAAUAAAACAAUUCAAAAUAAAGCAAUUCAAAAUAAAGCAAUUCAAAAUAAAGCAAUUCAAAAUAAAACAAUUCAAAAUAAAACAAUUCAAAAUAAAACAAUUCAAAAUAAAACAAUUCAAAAUAAAACAAUUCAAAAUAAAACAAUUCAAAAUAAUGAAAAAAAAAAAGAAAAUAAUAUUUAUAUUUACAAUUCAAAAGAUAUAUAUAUGGAUAAAAAUUGUAAUUUAAAAAAUAAUAUUCUUUUAUAUAAUAAUAAAAGAAAAACAAAUCAACAUAAAAACUCUUUACAUAUGGAAAUAAAAACAAAGGAUAAUUUUAAAAAAAGUAAUUAUAUACCAGAGGGAAAAGGAAAAAAAAAAAAUAUAUCAUCAGUAAUUAAUAAUACCUCAAAAAAUUAUUCAUAUGAACAAAAUAAUGAUAAUAAUAAUAAUAAUGAUAAUAAUAAUAAUAAUAAUAAUAAUGAUAAUAAUAAUAAUAAUGAUAAUAAUAAUAUAAUUGAACCAAAAAAAAAACUUUUAUUUUUUAAAAAAAAAAUAAACAAAAUAAAUACAAUAACAAAUAAUAUAAGUGAACAAGAAGGAAAUAUAAACAAAACAUCCUUACACAAAAAAAGUAUAAAUCCAAUUUAUAAUUUUAAAGAAAAAAAUAAUAAUAAAACAGCUCAUCACACUACUAUUCUUUCUUCAACAUAUCAUAAUAAAUUAAUAAAAACUAGUCUUAAAGGUAAACUAUCAAAUCUUAAAAAUGGAAAUCACAAAACUUUUAUGAGAAAAGUCACAACUCCAAACAUUUCAACAAAAAAAAAUAUCCUAUCAGGAGCUAAGGAAAAACCAGUUGCAUGGCCUUCUAAUUUGUGUAAUAAUAAAAAAGUGCUGAAUGAUGAAAAAAAAUUAAAUAAAAACAUGACAAAUCCAAGUUCAGUAAUUCAGAACAUAACAGAUCAAAGUAUGACAUCAUGCGAGAAUGUAAAAAACAAAAUUAAAGAUUAUAUUCUUAAAAAGGAUAAUGAUGAAGAAAAAGAGGAAAUGGUAAAAGAAGAUAGUAAUGACCAUUUUAUUUUAAACAAUAAUGAGAAUGAUUCCUUGGACAUCAAUAAUGUGUUCCUAAUAAGUUCUAAUAAAAAUAAAAAUGAUGAUGAUAAAAAUACAAAUAAUCAUAUCCUUUCACAUAAUCAUAUUCCAAUGCUUCUUAAUAAUAUACACAAUGAUAAAUAUAAAAUGGAGCACGAAGAAUUUAUUUUCCUAGAAAAUAAUAAAAACAGCAACACAAAUGAUAAUGAUGAUAAUAAUAAUGAUAAUAAUAAUAAUAAUAAUAUAUCUAGUACUAGUUAUAUUAUUCAUAAUAAUUAUUUUGACAAUAAUAAUAAAUAUCUUCAUCAUACAAAAAGUAAAGAGAGUGCAGAAAAAAAAAAUUAUUCUUUAAAUAUUAAAAAGGAUCAAGAAAAUAUACAAGGACAAAAUAAUUAUAUUCAUACAGAUAUACACAAAAAAGAAAACCAAAAUCGAAAUCAAAAUCAAAUUCAAAUUGAAAAUCAAAAUCAAAUUCAAAAUCAAAUUCAAAAUCAAAAUCAAAAUCAAAUUCAAAAUCAAAAUCAAAAUCAAAUUCAAAAUCAAAUUCAAAAUCAAAAUCAAAAUCAAAUUCAAAUUCAAAAUCAAAAUCAAAUAUCAAAAUGUGUAUCUACUAAUAUGUAUGAUCAUAUAGCAUGGGGAAAAAAAAAUGAACAAAAUGUAUUACCCAUAAGAAAUAAUUUAGGUGAAACAUCCAAUAUGAAUCUUAGAUCCAACAGUCUUAUUAAUUCACAACAAAGUACAGGAGUACAAAAAGUAGAAGAGGUACCAAAAGGACAAGAAGAAAUGAAAAAAAGAAAAAAAGAAAACCCAAAGGAUCAGGAAAUUUUAAAUGUUGAAAUAAAAAAUGAUAAUUCUAAAAAUACAAGUGAAAUAUUCAUAAAUAGGGGAAAUAAUCCAUAUUUUUUAAGAAGCAAUAAUAAAAAGAGAAAAACGACAAGUUAUUCUAUACAAAAGGAAGAGGAUCCUAAAAUUUUGAGAAAUCAUCAUACACAUGAAAAUAAUAAUAAUAAUAAUAAUAAUAAUAAUUGUGAUCAUAAAUCUCUUGAACAUAAAAUUCAUUACAAUAAUAAGUAUACAAUAAACAAAGAAUUUAACCAGGAUAAUCAUAAUAAUAAUGAUAUGUAUCCAUCCAAUAAUAAUAAAAAUAAUUCUUACAAAAAAAAAAAUGUCAAAUGUACUAAUUUGUUAUCCAACUUACAAAAUGAAAAAAAAAUAAAAUUAAAAAAUUCAAAUAUUUUAAAAAAUUUAAAUGAUAAAUAUAUAAAUAGUCUUAUGUAUCCAAAUAAUACAAUACCCAAAAAAGAAGAAAUUGAAAAUUUUGUUUCAUUGUUUUAUAAAUCUAAGGAUAAAAAUAAAAGUAAAAAAUCACAUACAUAUCAUAACAAUAAUGAUAUUAUGUCUAUUCAAGAAAAUAAGGAAAAAUAUGUUCGCAUAGUUCAAAGCUUAACAAAUCAACAUAUUUUAUUAAACGAUUAUCAAACUGGGGAUGCAAAUAUUAAAAAUAGCUACAGACACAAUAAUAAUAAUAAUAAUAAUAAUAAUAAUAAUAGUAAUAGUAAUAAUAAUAAUCAUUAUCAUGAUCAAUAUAUUCUUGCUAAUGAAAAAAAAAUCCCUUCAAAAACAAACGUUUUCGAUGAAUUCAUAUUGAACCAUAACAGUUCUCCACUCUCUUUAAACAAUGAUGAUCAUAUAAAUUUUAAUAACGACAAUCUUAAUAUAUCCUUAAACUCACUUAUUUUAGAUAACGUUGAUAAAAAUCAUCACACACUUUUUGUGAAUAACCAAGAGGAAAUGGAUCGUCUUGUUGAGAAUUAUGAAAAUAAUUCUUCUAUUAAUUAUAAGGAUGAUUGUGUCCCCCUGUCUAAUCACAUGAACAAUUAUAUAUAUAAUAAUAAUAAUAAUAAUAGUGAUGUGGGAACUAUAUCCAAUUUUAUUAAUAAUGAUACCCAUAAAUAUGAACAAAAUGAACAAUUAAAAGUAAAUAUCUUUAAUGAUCACAACGAUAUAUAUGAAGACAUAUAUAAAAAUAAAAGUGAAUAUUCCAAUGAAUGUAAUAUGAACCAACUUAUAAAUUCUUCAUUUAUAGAUAAUGAAAUAAUUAAACUUCUAACCUCAAACAUACUAUUAAAACAAAUGAUUAUAAAUCAUAGUAAUCACAAAAAUAAUAACCAAUUUAAUAAUGAUGUAGAAAAUACAUCUCUUUGUGAUGAACAUACACAUAUAAACAAUCAUAUGAAUAAUACAUAUCAUCAUGAUCAUAAAAAUUAUAAAAAUAAUUAUCAACAAACGGAAUCUAUAGAACAAGACUAUACAAAUUUUAUCUGUAAAUAUAUACUCAAUAAUAAAAUAAAUGACAUACAAAAUAAUAUUCACAUUCAUAAAGAACAUGAACACGAAGUAAAUAUACCAAUUAUGGAAAAUAUAAACAAUAUAGAAAAUCUAAAAAAUAUUUUAUAUUAUCUUGAUAACAAUAAUAAUGCAACGGAAAAAUCAAAUACCACAUCUUCUAAAUUAAAAAAAAAACAUUCUUGUAAUGGAAAUUUAUAUCAAAAUGAUUAUACAAAUUAUGAGGAUUUUACAAAGUAUAUACACCCAUUAGAUAAAAACAAUUUAAUAGAUAGUUAUAAAAGUGAUGCACAUAAUAAUGAAGAAUGCAAUAUAUAUACAAACAUUUUACAAAAUAAUAAUAAUAACAAUUCAGUGGUCACUUUAACUGAUAUUAAAAAUUUUAUACAAAAUAUAUCAGACAUGAAUAAUGAAGAAAAUAAAAAGUUUUACAAUGUUUUUGUAAAAAAAGUAAGAGAUAAAUAUUAUAAACACGUAACAAACAAAAAUGAUGAUACGGGACAUAAUUAUAACGACACUUGUGAAUGUCGUAGCACAAUUACGAAUUAUAGCUAUAUUAAUAAAAAUGAAUAUAAUAUAAACAGUAAUAUAGACAACAAUAUAAAUAAUCAUAUAGAUCAUAAUAUAAAUGAUUAUUCAAAUAAUAAUAUAGAUAGUAAUAUAGAUAAUAUAAAUAAUCUUAUAGAUAAUAAUAUAAAUAAUAAUAUAAAUAAUCAUAUAAAUAAUCAUAUAAAUAAUAAUAUAAAUAAUCAUAUAAAUAAUCAUAUUAACAUGGAUAAUGAAAAUAUUCAUCAUAAUUAUCAUCAACCUUAUAAUUGUAAUAUUUAUAGUGAUGAUUAUGAAAUAUCUAACAAUAUAAACAAUAAUAAUGAUUUCCUGGAAAAAUAUUCUAAACAUCUCAACAAUCAUAUCAGGAAUGAAGAAAAUCAAAAUUUAUUAACACUUGAUGAAAAACACAUGAACAGGUUAGGUGAAAAUGUAACAAAGGAUCAAUGUAAAAAUAAUCAUUUUAGAAACUCAUUUAAUAAUCCUUUAUAUGAUUUUUAUGAAAAUAAUAUUUACUCUUCCAAUGAUGAUCAUAAUAUUAAAUUAAUAAAACAUUUAAAUUUAAAAGAAAAUUACGAAAAAUCAAAAAUAAAUAAUAAAAAAUAUCUAGAUUCGACUGCUUUGGCUAGUCCUAAAAAACAUAUGAACAGUUCAGGUGAUCAGGAAAAAGUGGCGCACACAUAUUCUUCUGAUGAGAUGAAAGAAUAUAACUUUUUAAAAGAAUUAUAUAGAAUACAAAAUAAUGAACAAGAAAAUAUUUCGAAAAUGUCUAUAAAUGAAAAAGAAUAUAUAUCGUUAUCCGAUGAAUAUAAAACAGGAUUCUCUCAAAAUAAGAGUAAUAAAAAAAACUAUAACAAUUAUAGAAACAUUUUCAAUAAUGACUAUUCGGAUAAUAUAAAAAAAAAUAGUUCUAAAUGUAGGCAAGUGCAUCUCGCGCCAUUUUCAUCCAUAAAUAAUAGUAGUUUUGAAGUUGAUAAAAAUAGUUAUAUUAAUAGUGGUAAUGGUAAUAUUAAUUUGGAGGAAGAAAUAUGUAUGAAUGAUAACGUAGAUAUGUCUGAACAUGAUAGGCAUGAUAUGUCUGAACAUGAUAGGCAUGAUAUGUCUGAACAUGAUAGGCAUGAUAUGUCUGAACAUGAUAGGCAUGAUAUGUCUGAACAUGAUAGGCAUGAUAUGUCUGAACAUGAUAGGCAUGAUAUGUCUGAACAUGAUAGGCAUGAUAUGUCUGAACAUGAUAGGCAUGAUAUAUCUCAAAAUGAUAGGCAUGAUAUAUCUCAACAUGAUAGGCAUGAUAUAUCUCAACAUGAUAGGCAUGAUAUUUGUGAGAAUGAGAAGGAUCAUACAUAUAAUAAUCAUAGGCAUGUUAAUAACGAAAGUCGUAAACAUAAGAAAGGACAUAAAAGAGAUAGUAAAUCUCGUAAUUAUAAUUAUUACAAUAUUAUGAAAAAUUAUUAUUUUGCCUUUUUUUUAGAUCUGUACAAAAACAAUGAAGACAGUAAGAAAUCCAGCAACAGUGAGAAUAAUGAAAAUGAUGAAAAAAAUAAUAAUAAUAAUAAUGACUAUAAUUGUCAUUAUAGUGUUGAUGAUAAUAGUAGUCUUACAACAGAUGUUUUGAAAGAGUUCGAUGAGAAUAGAGAAAAUCGAGAAUAUGAAGAAUAUGAAAAAAAAAGCGAUGAAGAAAUGGUAGAUAAAGAAAUGGUAGAUAAAGAGAUGGUAGAUAAAGAAAUGGUAGAUAAAGAAAUGGUAUAUAAAGAAAUGAUUAAUAACGAAAUAAUAGAUAAAGAAACGGUAGAUAAAGAAAUGGUAGAUAAAGAAAUGGUAUAUAAAGAAAUGAUAGAUAACGAAAUGAUAGAUAACGAAAUGAUAGAUAAAGAAAUGGUAGAUAACGAAAUGGUAGAUAACGAAAUGAUAGAUAAAGAAAUGGUAGAUAAAGAAAUGGUAGAUAAAGAAAUGGUAGAUAAAGAAAUGAUUAAUAACGAAAUAAUAGAUAACGAAAUGAUAGAUAAAAAAAUGGUAGAUAACGAAAUAAUAGAUAACGAAAUAAUAGAUAACGAAAUGAUAGAUAAAGAAACAAUUAAUCUUAUAAAUAACGAUAUAGUUAACAAAGUAGACAUAUCUAAAUUUGUACAGGUACAUGUUCCCACAACAACAAUAAAAAAAAACGAAAGAAACGUUUCUCCUCAAGAUGAUUCUUUCAUAGCAGAUAAUUUUACAAAUGAAAAAGAUAACAAAGAAAUGAAUAAUAUAGAAGAAACAUAUGAUAGAAUAAAAAACUUGAUAUGUCAAAAUGAUACUACUGUUAUAAAAAAAAAUAUAUCUAAUAAUCAUAAUUCAAUUGAAUAUUGCGAACAUGAAAAAAAUGAAUUAGAUCUACAAGAAAACAUGAAAAAUAGUAACAAGAAAAUAUCAUCAAAUGAUCCUGAAGAAGGGCAAUUAAAAUGUAAUAUUUUAAGUAUGUGCGAAAAAAAUAAUUUGGUAGUACCAUCAAAUAUUAUGGUUAGAAAAGAAUUUGAAGAAAAUAUAAAUAAAAGAGAUAAUUUUGUAUGUGAUAAUAAUGAAUACGAUUUAAAUGAAAAACAAAUAAAUGACGAUAAUAUAAUAAAAAAUGAUAAUACUAAUUUAAAUUCCUUAAAAGAAAUAUCUUUAAAUAUUCAAUCAAAAGUAACAAUACAUGAACCGGUAAAUAUGGAUCACCCUAUAGAUAAUAAUGAAAAAGAAAAAAAUAGAGAAGAUGAUAUGAAUUGUACAUAUAAUGAUAUUACAAAAAUACAAUAUGAUAAAUGUUCACAUAAAGAAUUAAAUGAAAUUGGAAUUAUUAAUAAUGAUAUAGAAAAAAGACAAUCAGAAAUAUUAUAUGAAACAAACAAAUAUGAUAUAUUGUUAAAUCAAGAAACUAUUAUGAAUAAAAAUAAAUUAAAUACAGAUAUAAAUGAACAUAUUGAGAUACAUAUUAAUAAUGAGAAUAGUUAUAAUUCAAAUAAUAGAAAUGCUAUUGUUCAAGCAGAAAAAUUAAAUAGUGAUAUACCAUAUAUAACCAAUAUUUAUAAAGAAAUGCAUAGAUCGCCUGUCAUGCCGUUACGAAUCGAAGCUUUCCAUUCGUUAGAAGAUCAAAGAUUAAUAUACGGGAAACCAGAUUGGCAAAAAUUUCUAUGUCCGUUAUGUGAUAAAAAAUAUUAUCCUCCAAAUAGUUAUAUAAAAAAUUAUACACAUUAUUUAAAUGAACAUUGGAUGAAUAGAAAAAUUCUUGGAGGAUAUAUUAUUUUCCCUUGUAAAUUAAUACACGAAAAAGAAGAUAUGGAACAAAGCAAAACAAAUAUGAAUUAUAUUAAUAAAGGAAUUAAAAAGAAGAAAAAAAAAACAAAAAAAAUUUUAAUCGAUCCACAUUAUCAUUGUCCAUUGUGUGUAAAUAUUUAUUUUUAUCAUUAUAAUAUGUUGACAGAGCAUUGUUCAAAUUUUCAUAAAAAUUCUGGUGCUGACCCUUCAAGGACACUUCCCUCAAAUUUAGUACACACUCCUUUUAUAAAUAGCAAUGACUACGUUUGUUCAUUAACAAAAAUGGAAAGCGAAAAAGAAAAAGAUAAAGAUGAAGAUAAAAACGUACGAAAAGUAUUAAUAGACGAAAAAUAUGAAUCCCUAAGUAUUAAUGAAUCACACACAGAAAAAGACGAAAUUAAAGAUGACAAUAAUAAUAAUAAUAAUAAUAAUAAGCAUUAUGGUUAUUAUAAUAUUGAUGAUCAUAAAAAUAUUAAUAAGCAGGAACUAACCACACAAGAGGGAAAUCCCUCCAAUUUCAAUCUCUUAAAUAAUAUAAUUCAAAAAAAAAAAAGAAACACAAGAAAUAGUAAAGUUAUUUUUUGUGAAGAAAUACAAGUACGUGAGUAUGACAUUGAAUUGUCAAAAAUUGAAAAAUUCGGAGCAAGUAUUGGCCCAGUUUUUACGGAUGAAGAAAAUAAAAAUGAAGUAAAUAAAAAUGAACACAAUAAAAAUGAAGAGAAUAAAAAUGAAGAGAAUAAAAAUGAAGAGAAUAAAAAUGAAGAGAAUAAAAAUGAAGAAAAUAAAAAGGAAGAAAAUAAAAAUGAAGAAAAUAAAAAUGAAGAAAAUAAAAAUGAAGAAAAUAAAUAUGAAGAGAAUAAAAAUGAAGAAAAUAAAUAUGAAGAGAAUAAAAAUGAAGAGAAUAAAAACAAAGAAAAUCAAAAUGAAGAGAAUAAAAACAAAGAAAAUCAAAAUGAAGAGAAUAAAAAUGAAGAGAAUAAAAACGAAAAGAAUAAAAAUGAAGAGAAUAAAAACAAAGAAAAUCAAAAUGAAGAGAAUCAAAAUGAAGAGAAUAAAAACGAAACAAAAAAAAGCCAAAUAAAUAGAAAUGAAGAAAAAAUGAAUGUUAAUAAAGAGGUAAACCAAAAUUAUACAAAUUCUAUAAAUAACAAUGAUCAGAAUAACGUGACAAUUCAUAAUAUUCAUCUAUCUCAUAUUUUAAAAGAUGCUAUUUCAAAUUGUGAUGAUAAAACAGAUCAAAAGGAUGUACAUGAACAAAAUAGCCAAAAUGAGGAAAAAAUUCUGACUUGUUCAGAAUUUUUUAAAAAUAAAGAAAGUGUAAUAAAAGAAGAAGAGGAACAUGCAAAAGUAAAAUCAUCAAAUGAAGAUGAUAAUAAAAUAGAGAAAUAUAAAAAAAAUAAUGGCGAACAAACAUAUGAAAUAGAGACAUAUAAUAAUGACGAUACUUUAAAGGAUGAUAUGGAAAAUAAAACAUUGGUAAGCAUAAAAAAAAACAAUCAAUCUUUGAAACAAAUAACAGUUAAUUGUAAUGAAACGAUAACCAAUGAAAAGAAAAAGGAAAAUAUUUUGAUUAGGAAGCAGAAAAAUAGUGAUGAUAAUACAAGUGUAAAAAAUGUACAUAUAGUAAAUAAUAAAAAGGAUACGAUGGCAAAAAAAAAUGCAUUGUUGUCAUCAAAUAAAACAACUAAAGAAGUUAAAAAUUAUAAUGUACAUGUUGAAGAAAAUAACAAAGAUAUAAUAAAAAAUAAUAAUAUAAAAAAUGAACAAUUAAAUGGUAUCUAUAAAGGAUCAAUGAAAGGUGAUGAAAUGGCAGGGUCUAUAAAGGACCAUGGAAGAACAAAUACAUUAAAGAAAAAAGAUAUAAAAAGAGUUACACAAAGAAAAAUAUCAAAGGAUAUCACAAUAAAUGUAACAAAUCGUAUAUCAAAUGAUAAAUCAAAUGAUAUAUCAACAGAAUUGUCAACGGAUAUGUCAACGGAUAUGUCAACAGAUAUUUCAAAUGGUUUGAUAGAAGACACGACAAAUGCUCUCUCUUCCCUUUUGAGCCUUAACCUGCUUUCACAGGGAGGUGAUAAAAACAUUCCAUUUACAGAUAUAAAUUAUCAGGAACAUUUACAAAUUAAAAAGCAACCAAUAACAGAGAUAUUGUUAGAAAAUAGACUGGAGAAUAGUAAAGAACAUGAUUUUACCCCUCCAAGUAGUAAACGAGGUACUUGUAUAAAUAAACAAAUUAAUAAUAUAAAUAAAAAUAUAGUGUCCAAAUAUAAAAGGAAAAUAAAAUUGUAUUCAUCAAAGAAUGAAAAACAAAAUGAAACAAAUAAAUCUAACAAUAUGAUCGAUAUAGAAAAUGCAUAUAUUCCACCUGACAAGAUUAAUUUAAAUGUGAAAAGUGAAAAAGAAUAUGAUACCUUAAAAAAAAUAAUACGUCCCAAAAAAAAAGAAAAAAUUGUUCCUAUAAGGAUAAAUUGUCGACAAAGUGUUCGAAUUAAAAAUAAACAGAAAGGACAUAAUUAA